CUUGUCCAGCAGCCACAUGAACGCGAAGCAGGGCAAGAAGCCGAUGGGUCCCCACAGCACCAGCAGCGCGAUGUCCCAGCUGGAGAAGCCGUAGGCCUGGCGCGCCGAGUUCUGGAUGGGGCCCCAGGUGUUCCAGACCAGGCCCUGCGCGAAGCCCAGCAGCGAGAAGAGCAGCAGCACCAGCCAGCGGCGCCCGUACACCCGCCCGGGCCCCGGCGCCGCCGCCGCCGCCGCCGCCGCCGCCGCCUCCCCGCGGCCCCUCCAGGCGCCCCCCGGCGCGGCAGGCCCGAGCCCGGGCCCCAGCAGCGGCUGCCGCUCCUCCUCGCUGCUCCAGCCCGCGCCCAUGGCGACGCGUGGCCCGCGGGGCCUGUGCCCAGCGCCGUCCGGGGGGCCGCCGAGCAGCCCCGCGCCGCUGCGGUCGCCCUCGGCCUCCGGGCCACGCCUGCUGCGCCUGCGCCCUGCGCGCCCGCCCGGGGCCGCGAGGAGGGGCGGGUGCCGCGCGCGCCGGGCGGAGGCUGGGGGGCCGCGCGAGGGGAGCCCUCGCCCCCACCGCACCCCUGCACCCCGCGAGCCCCGGAGAGCCACGGGAGGCGGGCGCCGGCCUGCAGACAGCCUCCCGGAGGAAGCACGAGGAAGUCCCAGCGCCGCCGAGCCCGGGAGAAGGAGACUCCCCGGAGACGCUGUUUUAAGAGGUGAACGUGUCAAACCUUUUACACCAGAGAAAGCAAAAGAAAUUAUAAUGUCUUUACAACAACCUGCAAUCUUCUGUAACAUGGCUUUUGAUUGGCCAGCACACCACUGGACUGCUAAACACCUUUCUGAGGUCCUUCACGACAAGCAGAUCCGGUUCAGGAUGGGAAUGAAAAGAACAGAUACAGUUCCUCAGUUUGAAACAACAUGUGCUUGUGUAGAAGCUACACUUGAAGAGUUUCUGACCUGGAACUGUAACCAAUCUACUAUUUCUGGACCAUUUAGAGAUUAUGACCAUUCCAAAUUCUGGGCUUACGCUGACUAUAAAUAUUUUAUCAGCCUAUUUGACGACAAGACAGAUAUUUUCCAGGAUGUGAUAUGGUCUGACUUCGGGUUUCCUGGAAGAAAUGGACGGGAAAGUACAUUGUGGAUUGGCUCCAUGGGAGCCCAUACACCCUGUCAUCUGGACUCCUAUGGUUGCAACUUAGUAUUCCAGGUACAAGGAAGGAAAAGAUGGCAUCUCUUUCCUCCGGAAGAUACUCCUUUCCUUUAUCCGACUAGAAUCCCUUAUGAAGAAUCUAGUGUGUUCAGUAAAAUCAAUGUUGUGAAUCCUGAUUUAAAACGUUUUCCUCAGUUCUGCAAAGCUCGAAGAUAUAUGGUUACACUAAAGCCAGGACAGGUUCUGUUUGUUCCGAGACACUGGUGGCAUUACGUAGAAUCCAUUGAUCCUGUCACUGUCAGUAUAAACUCAUGGAUUGAGCUGGAAGAGGACCACCAAACCCGGGUGGAAGAGGCAAUCACACGCAUGCUUGUGUGUGCCUUGAAAACUGCAGAGGACCCACACAAUACCAGAGCUUGGUUAAACCCAACUGAGGUUGAGGAAACAUCCCAUGAAGUCAAUUGCUGCUACUUAAAUAGAGCCGUUUCUGCCCUUUUUGAUUACAGAACAUCUAAGGUAGUAGAAAUCCAAGCACUGAGAACAAAUAGAGAUAACAUGAAAAAGGAAGGAUUAAAUGUGCACCAUCACAUGGAGAUGGAACAAAUAGAUGACCAGGACUUACUCUUGGGAACCAUAAAACAGGAGGCAGCAAGUCCCUUUGGCCCUGAUCUGGUUCCUGUAAUACUGAGUUCUGAAGAACUACCAUCAGAGAGAAGAGGUAUAUUUGAAGGUGAUGGUAAAGACUUUGUUGGCAAAGAUGGAGAACACCCUGGAAAAUUGCACUGCACCAAGAGGCAACGGAUGAUGAGUAAAAAUGAGGAUGUAGUUGCGGAACAAAUUGCUUCAGAUAGUAGUAUGGCUCCUUCUCAGACAUUCAUUUCUACAGAUGACUUGUUGGACUGCUUAGUGAAUCCACAAGUAACCAGUAUAGUGGCCCAACUUCUGAUAAAAGGAAGAAGUUUGUGGUCCUAAGGAAAUGACUUUUAAAAUAAUACCUUAAAACUAUUUUUAAAAAUAAUAGAUUUUUAAAUAAAAGAUAGAAAAGCAAAAAGUUAAUUUGCACAUGCUUGUAAAUGCACUUGUUCUUACCUUAAUUGUGUUUCAGUCUCUUGCCACCUUCAUUCAUAAACAUUGCUCUUUGGCCGGGCUGGCUCUUUGUUAGUUGUUCUUCAGUGCCUUUGCCUUUCCUCUCCCAUCCCAUCCUUUUAGCCUAUCUCAAAUGCAAGCCCUAGGUGUUCUCAACAGAAAGUUAUCUCUUCAGCAGUCUCAAGCAGAGGUCGGCCUACUGCUUGUUUUUGUAAAUAAAGUUUUAUUGGAGCACA